AUGGAAGCUAACACCCAGCUCCUCAGGGUCCUCCAGGAAAUGCGGGCAGAGAUCAGCAAACUGGAGAAGGAGAACCAGGCACUCCGCAUGAAACUGGCUUCGGGUAGAGCCUCAGGCUCUGGGGGAGAAUCAGGAGAUGAAAGGGAAGAAGAAGCCUGUGGCCCAUCUCCAGCAGAGCUUCGUGCUGAUGCAACACCAGCCAGGCCAGAACACCAAGGCAAUGUCAUGAUUGUUAGGCGCUACUCCAUUUCUUCGUCAGUUCAUUCAUUUGCUGCAAAUGAUCCCUGGAAAGCUAGGAAAAGACAUCCAAAUGGUGGAAUCGUGGAAGCUCAGGGACCAGUUAAAUCACUGACAAGUUCUUCAGUUAAAAAGCAGGACAAUGAAGACAAAAUGUUGGCAGCAGAUUCUUUUAGCAACAAUAGUUCCAGCCAAAGAGCUUCUCCUGAGCAUGUUUUUGGGUGCAGGGACAAGAUCAAGACAGUGAGCUUCCUGUUACCCAUGGGCGUGUCUUCGUAUUCCAAAAAUUCAAGUUCUUUGAAAUGCUCACCAGAUCAGACGUCCAAACAGCUAAGCGCCAUUGCAGAAUAGCACACAGAAGGCAGUGAAUAUAAAAAGCAGUCGAUUCCCAAGAGGCCUAGCUGAAUGGGCACCUUCCCUUGCCCAGAAUUCUGGCAAGGUGAC